GCGACUUAUCAUAUCAUCAUGCAGCUCACGACUGUAGUCCUCGCUGCGCUCAGCGCCGUGUCGGUAUCGGCGACACCAUCAUGGAUGGGUGGUGACCAGGUCACCAUCAAGGAAGAAUACAAGGUGCCCGGCGACAACCCGCUCUACUUCUGCGGCGACCCAGCGGACGACAUCCUGAAGAUCGAGAAGGCGGACAUUGACCCGAACCCACCCAAGCCCGGCCAGAAGCUCACCAUCAAGGCGACGGGCAACUUCAAGGACAAGGUCGAGAAGGGCUUCAAGAUGCACCUGCAAGUCAAGUACGGCCUGAUCACCCUGAUCAACCAAGAGGCCGACGGCUGCGACACGAUUGGCAAGGCGGAUCUCGAGUGCCCGCUGGACAAGGGCGAGAUGACGCUGAGCAAGGACGUUGACCUGCCCCAGCAGAUCCCUCCCGGCACAUACACGGUCCUCGCCGAUGUCUACACCGAAGAGGGCGACAAGAUCACAUGCUUGACUGCCAAGAUCGCCUUCCACCGGUAAAUGCACACGACGCCUCGCCCUCGAUUCGGCCCUGAUACGAACAUGCAGAAAUGGCGCUGCAGCUGAAGACGAUGAGCAGCCGAAGGAGAAUAUUGUCAAGUUCGGGCAGCCCAAGUUCAAGAUGUCGGGCCCGUUGGCGGGCAUGGUGCAGGAACGUCUAAGGAGGAGGAACGAGCUGUGAAUGUACAUGCGAUGGUAGUUUCUCUUGUGAAUUGGUGCGCGAUACCAUGCAAUCUCUGUAGUAGUUGAAGUUCUGGUGGAAGCAACGAUGUUAAUGUAGAUAUGAAUCAAUGCGCAUCUUCAUCUGC